GCAGUUAGAAGAUGCCAAUUAUCGCAACCAAAGCUGCACAUGCAUCUCCAUCUUUACAAUAAAUAAAUAGACCCAAAAAUGGCAGAGGCGCAGUCAAAGCAGGAUCAAGGGGUCCAACCACAGAGAGACUCCGACGAGCUAUGCAUGCAUUUCCAUCACUCUGCUCCAAGAAGAACAAGGGACAAGGAGCCACUGUCGUAAAGGGAAUGGUGGCCAUGGCUGGAUGGUGUUUGAGAAAAUGUCGAUACUGGUUUUGGCCAGGACGCAGUCAUCGUGCAGAGCAGUCACUGAUCGAGGAGAAGCCAAGCUUCGGGAACAGUGAUCGAGUAUUAAGAUAGAACAAGAGAGCUUAUCAACAAUAAGCGGGGUAGCCAGAGACCCAGAAGUCAAGAAGACAAGAACCCUAUUUUUUUACUGCAAGUGCUAAAGGCUGCAGAUUGUGAUCCUGUAAAGCUCGUGGUCGCCGCCGUGCUUCUCUCCGCUCUCGUCGGCGAGUCUCAGGAGAGGGAUCGCUGAAGAACAAGAGAACUCGUAUGACCUGAGUUAAGCAUGAUUAUGAGAAGAUUCUCGCGCUGUGCAGAUCAACACUAGGCGGUAUCCAGAGGCCCAAGAACCCUAUUUUUUACUGCAAUAGCUAAAGAUUGCAGCCUGUGAUGCUGCAAAGCUCGUGGUCUCCGAAGUGCUUUUCUACGCUCUCGUCUGCGAGUCGCAGCAUGUCAUUAAAUUUACAGUCAAGAUGUAGUUUCUGAACAGUUUCAAGCAAGCAUGAACAUGGAAUCUGUCAGCAACUCCAUUGUUAGAAGAAGUAUACAAGAUACAGUUAGGGAAGGACAGCCUAUUGACAAAUCUCGGUACUUGAAAACUCUGGAUUGUGAUCUUAGAGAACUAAACCGCAGUUAUUCAUCAUGUCUCCAAUACAAAAGCAUGCACUCACAAACUCAUGGUAGUUGUGAUACUGAAUUGGUGAAACGAGCUUCCAUGUAUCAAAGCUCUGAAGAGAUAAGGAGAAUGAGAAAACUUCGAGAUGGAAGGACAGUGGAGAAAGAUGAGAAUUUUUUAAUGUCAAAAAUUGUCAACCGUCUGCCUAGGAAUGGGGCUAGUACUGAGAACCAGUCGAAGAAGUUUCCGCCUCUUGUUUCAUCAAGUGCCAACCUGAAACCUACUUAUGACACGGUUAAGCCAUCCACAAAAAGCUCCACAGAGUUUCUAGAUCUUUCAUUUCGUGAUCUUCCUGAUAAGUCUUUGUGUGUCAAGGAUUCAAGCUCAGAUUCCAUGUCACAAAUGUGCAGUAUGGUAGAUGAAUCUUCGGCAAUCUGCAUUCAGACAGUUGAUACGGACAUUUAUCACGGAAAAAAAGCAGUUAGGAAGCUACUAAAACCAGGAUCUCUCAAGGAAGAAAGUUCACUAAAAAGUCGUCCGAAGUGCCUUUCAGAAUGCACAAAAGAGUCUCAUGCAGUUUCACAGAUGGAACAUAAUUCAGCUGAAUAUCAUGGUCCCAAAACUUUGUUUAGCCCUCUCAAGAAAAUUCUCCACCCGAUCAUGAAAUCCAAAUCCACUCGAAAUUCAUCAUUCACGAGAAUUGGAAAUACAAUGCCAAAAAAAUCUUCGAUAAAUGAAGUUUCUAUAAUGGAACAAAAGAUGCAACACCAUACAUGUUUGAAGGAAGAAGGGUCCUUAACUGCUGCAAUAUCUCGUACUCAGGAAGAAGGGUCCUUAACUGCUGCAAUAUCUCGUACUCAUCUUCAUGGCAUUCUUCGAUUCGAAGUGGAUAAAGGGGAUGCCUUGUUUAAGUUUUCACUUCAAUAUCCAGAGGAUGUUUUAACUGCAAAGAUGUGGAAAACAGAUAGUGUAUCUAACUGGAUUUAUACCUUCCAUAGGCCUGAAUGUAAGAUAAACACUGAUCGAGGGGCUAAAUGCGAGCAUACGCGGUCGCUUCCAUUAGUUGGGCAGAUGCAGAUUUCUUGUUAUCUAUGCCCAGAAGUUGUGGAAAAUGGAUUUUUGGACAAUUCGAUAGUUAUAGAGUGUGUUUUAUAUGACCUUGCACGAGAAAAAAAGGACUUGGCUGUUGAAGAAAGAUCUAAAUGCUCUUUGGACUCCAUAGAAAAAACGCUUGAGAGAAAACACACAGUGGAGCUCUCAGGUCCUGUUCGAAAUCAAUUCUGUAGUUGCAACUUGAGUGCUUCAACUUCCUACCCUUGGUUACCAAAAAAUUUGCAUCCACGACUUGAAAUUGCAGCUAUAGAAAUAAAAACUCCUUCCAAAGGAAAAAGUUGGAGAGAUCAUGAAGACUUUAGAGAAGAAAACCAAAGUUUAUCAAAACAUCCUACAGUCGACCUUUUAAAGAGUAGCAGGAGCAACCUUAAUGAUGCAAUUGUGAGAGUCAUGACUCCAAGUGGGAUUCAUGGGUCGUCGAAUGGUGUUGAAGGUGGCCCUACUUCACUUCUAGAUCGAUGGAGGUGUGGUGGAGGCUGUGAUUGUGGUGGCUGGGACACGGCGUGCCCUAUUAUCAUGCUCAACAAUCGCAGUUGUGACGAUUCAGGAGAUCACUUUACACGGAAAAAUCAGAAGCCUAUCUUACUCUUUGAGCAGGGAAGAAAAGAAAAUGUACCUGCCAUAUCAAUUAAGGCUGAAAGGGAAGGACAGUAUUCAGUUGAUUUUCACACAAGUUUCUCAACGCUUCAGGCAUUUUCGAUUGGUAUCGCGAUACUGCAUAAUGCUAAUGUUUCAUCAGCACUGGUUCCGGAGAAGAUCAGACAGAGGCUGCAUUCUAAUUCACUGAAGCUACUUUUUGAGGAAGAAGCUAGGCAUUUGAUUGAGCAAAGAAAAGCAAUGGAGGGUGUCCAACAAGUGCCCUCGUUAUUUGUAAACCGACCAUUGUCUCCUAUGGGCAGAGUUUAGAUUUGAUGAUGAUGCAUUAUAAAGUUUGACAGAUUUGAUGAUGGUGCAUUAUAAAGUUUGACGAUCAUAAUGAAUGUAGCAGAAACUAGUAAAUUGUGCAA